GGCUGAUGAGUUUAUCACACAAGAUUUCUUUAUAGGUCUAUGGUUUAUCACGGUAGAUAACUACGGUGUUUAUAUUUUAUCAGGUCUAUCAGUCUAUGUUAUUUAUUUAGAACUAAUCAAAUUCAAUAUAAAGAGCAGUGAAAGCAGAAUUGCUGUACGUAAUGUUUCAGUAUUAACAAGCUAUCAAGGCAUAUUUUUUUCUGAUAAUUAUGGGUAACGUACAAGCAUCUUCUAAUUUACCACCAAUGCCGCCAAAUUUGACGCCUGUACCUCCUCCAAGUGCACCACAAAGACUGUUGCCUGAGAAGCGCAUUGAAAAUCCCGGUUCGGUUGAAGAGCUACACAAGAAAUGCAAAGAAUUAUUUCCUGUGGCGUUUGAUGGUAUUCGUCUUGUUAUCAACAAAGGAAUUAGCAACCAUUUUUUUGUCAGUCAUAGUUUGCUGAUUGGACCAACGAGCCAAAAUUCAGGCUAUAAAUUUGGUUCAACGUUUAUCGGCACUAAUCAAACUAGUCCUGGUGAAUAUAGACCUUUAUUGAUUGGAGAUAUUGACCCUCAAGGUAAUAUAUCUACCAACGCAUUCAUACAGCCAUGGAAUAGAGUCAAUGUGAAACUUCAAACUCAAUUUCAAGAGUUCAAAACAACUGGAAUUCAAACAUCAGUUGAAUACAGAGGAGAUAGAUAUACAGCCUCCCUACACCUAGUGAAUCCAGAUCUAUUUAAUUAUACUGGACUGUAUCUAUCACAGUUCUUGUAUGCACUGAACAAUACUACUUCUGUGGGUUGUGAAGUAGUUCACCAGCGAGGCCCUCAAAUUCCAGAUGGGCACAAUACUCAAUUUAAUAUUCUAGGAAGAUAUUUGUAUGAUGAUGCUACCACAAUCAGUGCGUCUCUAAGUAAAUCGAGAUUGCAAUGCUGUUAUCAUUACAAAGCUAGUGAACAACUACAAUUUGGAGUAGAUCUUGAAGGAAGUCAACAAGAUAUCAAUACAACUAUUGCAUAUCAAGCUCACAUUCCAAAAUCAGAUUUUAAUAUUAAAGGUAGUAUUGACAGAAAGUGGAAUAUUAGUACUGCAUUAGAAAAAAGAUUGAAUCCAAUGCCAUUUACAUUUGCAAUAAGUACAGUGUUUAAUCCUGUCAAAAACCAAUUGAGAACGGGAAUUGGAUUUUUUGUUGGAUAACAGACUUUUAUGUUUAUUUAUUGUACAUAUUUUUCAUUUGUUAUUAUUGUGUAAUAACUUCAUUAUACAUUUUUAUAAAUACAUUUUUUUUUUUAGUUGACAUAAAAAAAUGUUUACCAAUGUUAAAAAUAAGUUUGUCCACAUACAGGGAAAAUCCAGCAUAGUCACUUUUUAAAAGUGGCAAUUUUUUUGUCAUAAAAUUCGUUUUGAUACAAAAUGAAUAUUGUCUUUAUUUUUAAGCACAAUUAUAAACAAAAAUUUAACAUUUUUUAAAAAGUUUUAAAGUAUUUUUUUAACAUUUUAAAACAUUUUUUAGCAUUACUUAAACAUGUUUUUCUUAGAUCAGAAAAAAGUGACUGCUGGUUUUUUUCCUGUACCCUUCAUAUUAAGACAUAAGUUGAGGAACAGCUGUAUUUUAGAGUGUACAUUUGUUGUUUGAACUAUUUAUUGAUUUGCUUUAGCUUAUUUUAAGUCGGACAUUACCCGACAAAUACUACAUCAAACCAAAAAUAACUAUUAAAUAGAUUUAAUAAAUCUAUUGUAUCGAAUGUGAAAUAAGUAUGUAAUAAAUAUGUAAAAAAGAAACAAGUCGAAGUCGAUCUGUGUUGUGUGUAUGAUGAUGAUAUUUAUUGCUUAUUUAGGCGAUAAUAUAAUAAUUAACAAAAAUUAAACUGUACACCUAAACAAAAUGUAUAAGGUGAAAGGCUUCAAAGAAGUAUUGGAUCCGAUACCAACACGGUCCUAAUCAUAUUGUUCUCGAUCAUCGAUGCUCUUGCUCAUGUAGAGGAUGUACAUAUUUAUAAGUAUGAGUGUUUGAUUAUAUUUAUUGAA